AAUGGCUCCCCGGAAGUUAUUGCAGAAGGUGUUGAAGUUCUAGAAUUAGAUCCAUGCUCAAAGUGUAAAGAAGAGCUUUUUUUGUACGAACUUAAAAAACCAUUUACCAUACUCAUUUGUGGCCAUAUAUUUCACCGUAGCUGUCUUGAGGAUUAU